ACAACCCUCAAGCUCUAAUUAACUAACUCAACAAAAAAAAACAAUGUAUACUUCUACUUCCUUAACUUCACAACUCCUCCAUGAGCUUCUUGUAGAAUCACACACAAGAAGGUUACUCUUCCAAAAUCCAAUUGAUUUUCAAUCACCAACCAGCUCCCCUGUGUUAACAAACAAUCACAAUUCAACAGACUCAAAUUUUGGAGCUCGUGAAUUUGAUUCAAAUGUUGUGAUGAUAGUUGCAGUCCUAUUAUGUGCUUUUAUUUGCUCACUUGCAUUAAACUCCAUCAUAAGGUGUGCCUUAAGGGUUUCAAACGUAGCCAUAAACAACAAUUCACCUCAAUUGGUCAACAAAGGAAUCAAGAAGAAAGCUCUCAAGAAAUUUCCUACAAUGAGCUAUUCCACCGAGUUGAAUCUACCAAGUUUGGAUACAGAUUGUAUGAUAUGUCUCUCAGAGUUCACAAAGGGUGAAAAAUUGCGCAUUUUGCCUAAAUGCAACCAUGGAUUUCAUGUUCGUUGCAUUGACAAAUGGCUAAAAGAACAUUCAUCAUGUCCAAAGUGCAGACAAUGUCUUCUUGAAACUUGUCGAAAGAUUGGUGGGUCGCAAGUGCAACCAAUUGUGUUGCCAGUGCCAGAAACUAUUAUAACUAUCCAACCACUAGAACCUCAAGCUUUGGAGCGUAACUAUAGGGAAAUAUAAGAUAAUUAUGGUUGAGAAAGAGACUUUAUUUGCUUUACUUUGACCUUAAUUGUAAAAAUACUUCAGUUGAAGUUAUUAAUUCAUUUUUUCUAAUAAGAUUAUGGUGUAGUUAAUUAUUUGAAGUUUUGAACCAAGAGAAUACAUAUAUAUUGUGUUGAGCAAA